CGUUCUCUAUACUCGCACCACACACACAUGAUACAGAAUGAGGUUGGGCUAAUGAAACGUUGUUUGGUCAGUAUUUUGUUACGGAACAGCUCGCUGUUUUUCGCACCACGCGCUCAGCUCAUUAUAUUCCUACACCACACUAUAGUCAUGUUGCCGGUACCCAUCACCUGCGCCAUGCGCUAUAGUGAGUAUAAAUCACAGCACGCAAGCUUCUAUCUUCAGUAAGUGAAUGACAGGCAUCAGCAUCACACAAAGCACAUUAUACGCUUAUAGUUAUUCAGUAUUGCCCUAGUCGACUUGUUGCAGACAUUGGUGAACGAUGUGGACGUUUGUGUCUCCAGCUGUACCCCUGUGUGUGUUGCUGGCGGUGUUGACUUCUUCGGCUAGUGCCGCAACCAGUGAGAUGACACCAAGCGACAGCACGACGCAAACCCCGGCGACUGCCACGGGGACGGACCAGGGACCAGUGUCCCCGCCAUCAGCAAGCGACCCGGUUACGAUGACUGACGAGUCGCCAGUCACAAUCACCCAGCACGUCCCCACACUCAGUGACCCGUUGGCGUACGCGAGCGCCACGGUGCCCCAGGAAGAUGGACCCACCACGGAUACCACACGGUCUGAAGAGCAGAAAGCUUUGAUACCGAUCUAUCUGAGUGCCUACUUCACCUUCGGUGGAGGUUGGGAUGGGAGUGGGAUCCUACCAGCCUGCCAGAUGGCUCUGGAGCACAUCAACCAGCGUCCGGACAUCUUAGCAGGCUACGAUCUGAGAAUGAUUUGGAAUGACACACAGUGCGAGGCCGGCUUGGGAACCCGAGUGUUUUUCGACCAGUUGUACCGCGAGCCCCAGAAGAUCAUGAUCCUAGGCCCAGCGUGCUCCACCGCCACGCAGGCUGUGGCAGAGACGGCCUACUAUUGGAAUCUAGUCACGAUGUCGUAUGGAGCCGCCUCGUCUGCACUGUCCAACCGCAAGAAAUUCCCCUUCUUCUACCGGACGUACAUGCCGGAUGCCAUGUAUAAUCCCGCGAGAAUACGUCUGAUGCGAGAGUACGGAUGGAGACGGGUGGCAACGAUUCACGAGAACCACGAGUUGUUUUCCCUGGCCAUAGACGACUUGGUGACAUUGUUGAAGGAGGCGAACAUCACCAUUAUCUCAUCUGAAAGUUUCUCCGAAGAUCCCAAGAACCAGAUUGAGAAUCUCAAGAGCCAGGAUGCAAAGAUCAUCGUCGGAAACAUGUACGAAGACAAGGCCAGGCGGGUGUUUUGUGAGGCUUACAAGCUAGGCAUGACCGGACCUGACUAUGUCUGGAUGAUCAUCGGCUGGUACCGCGAGAACUGGUGGAUGGACGAGGAUCCCAACAUCCGUUGCACAGUCCAAGAAAUGAACCUGGCCGUAGAGGGCGCGCAGUACCUCUCUACGGAGAGCUUGCAGCUGAGCACCUCCACAGAGCCGACCAUAGCUGGCAUUACCCCGACGGAGUACGAGAGGUUACUCCGUGAUCGCAUGACGUGGCCGGAAAACGUGAGGUAUACCUGGAACAGCCUGGCUCCCUACGGAUACGACGCUGCCUGGGCCAUCGCCCUAGCACUAAACAAGUCCGUGGAAGUCCUCAAGUCUGAAAGGUAUGGAAGGCGUCUGGAGGACUUUACUUACGACGAUCGUGAAAUGGCGGAAUUGUUCUUCACCCUCCUCAACGAAACAGAGUUUGAUGGUGUUUCUGGUCCCGUUGGAUUCAAGGGUGGCGAUCGAGUUGGUAUCACGCAGAUCGAGCAGUUGCAAGCUUCCUGUCCAGAAGGUUGGUUUCUUCACCACUCCACCUGCUUCCUGUUCGUGUCACAGCCCGUGCUUCCGUCGUCCGAGGCCGGGGACCAUUGUGCUGCCUCCCGCACCGGUGCCACCCUCGCGCACCUUGACAGCGAACUGGAGCAUGAUUUCCUCAUUGACACCUGGACUUCCGAAAUCCAAGCGGCUCCAGACAGGUGGCUGGUGCUCAUGUUGCUGAUGCAGGGGGAUGCAAUGAAUACGUCUUGGAUUCCCACCGGCAGUUCUCCAGAUGUCACCGAAGAUGGCGCAUGCGUGUACAUAGACUUUAAAAAUGGCGGGAAACUGCAGAGGACAGAUUGUGAUGCUCCAUUGCCGUUUAUUUGCCGUGUCCAUGCAGAGUUUGCUGAAAGGCAAGUUGCACUGUACAGCGCUUUGGACAACGAGCUAGUUUGGCGGAGGGAAAUCAUUUGGCCAGGUGACGGGCCUCCACCGGACCGAACGCCGCAGUAUGUCAUGGAGAUUGUCCGGCAGUACCAAGGGGUGUCUCCGGUGCUCUACUUCUGCGUGUCCGGAGUAACGGUCGUCUGCAUCAUCGUGUCCCUUUGCUUCUUGGCCUUCAACGUGAGGUAUCGUCAGCAGAAGCAUGUGAAGAUGUCGAGCCCUAAUCUGAACAAUCUCAUCAUCCUUGGUGCCGUUCUGGUCUAUCUCUUCGUCAUCGUCUCGGGGCUGGAUACCAACAUAAUCUCGCAGGAGAUCUUCGAGAUCAUGUGUUAUGUGAAGACAUGGACUCUGUCCGUAGGAUUUGUGUUGGCGUUCGGGGCUAUGUUCAGUAAGACGUGGAGGGUGCAUCGUGUUGCGGCCUUCAAAACCCCCAAACGUCGGAUCGUAACGGACAAGCAACUCUUCAUCAUGGUGUUUGUGCUUCUACUUGUUGACGUCAUCAUUCUGAUCCUAUGGCAAGUGAUUGACCCCGUCCGGCUUCAAUCAGUGGACCUCUAUCAGCAGGAUGACCCAGAGAUACCGAACAGAAUCAUCCAGCCUUUCAUCCGCUACUGCACCUGUGAUACCCUCACCUACUGGCUAGGCGCCCUCUACGGCUACAAGGGGCUACUGCUCAUUUUUGGCACCUUCCUGGCAUGGGAAACGAGAAAGGUGUCCAUCCCAGGGUUGAAUGACAGUAAGCUGAUUGGCGUCAGUGUCUACAAUGUAGUCAUCCUAUGUCUGAUCGGUGUAGCUGUCAGUGUCGUCAUCAGCAGUAACCCGGAGGCCCUCUUCGUCUUCGUCUCCUGCAUCAUCCUCUUCUGCACAAGCAUCACACUCAUUGUGGUCUUCGUUCCCAAGAUCAUUGCAGUGGUCAAGUACCCCGACGGUGAUCCGACACAAACGGCGGCCAAAACUCGAACCAACCUGAGCGAGACGUCCAACAGCGUUACCACGACCAGCUUAACCACAGAGAACUUGCAGCUCAAAUCCAGGAUCCGAGAGUUGGAGAACCAGAUCAAGGCAGCACAGGGCCCUCACCAGCGUGGCCCGCAUCCAGAAGCAGGAGAUGGCUGUGGAUUCUGGUCAUGUGGACUGGUCUGUGGCUUUUCCCCAUCCAGAGGGAAGGACUACAGUGCUGACGAAACCAUCACUGAAACGCAUUCCCAGCCAGUUGCAAUAGACGAACCCUCCGGUGUGAGCACAGCUGCUGUAUGAACCAAUCCGCGUUGCCCACUUUUUGUGCUUACUGGUGUGGUUUUCUACCAUUUACAGAGAUAUUCCAUAGCUCACUUUGGUAUUUCGCCCAAUACACUCACACCUAGUGUCGUGUUCAGAACUUCGCAAAACGGACGUGUGAUUGGCGUUCAGGCAUGGAAGCAUCACUCUACUUUCAAAAUCGGAUUGAUGAAUAUAUUAGAGUUAUACACGGUGCUUUCAAAUCUUGCACCGACAAUAUUAGGGUGUUCCUUACACCUCAGCUAUACGAUUCCUUAUUUGAGUACUCUGGCUGAAUAUGUGUCUAUUUUCUGCUUCAAAAAAUUGAUUAUUUGUUUUUUUAUAUUGGACCAAAGAUUAGCGUAUUUUUUUAAUGGUUUAGGACGUUACAGGCUCUUAUGAUUCUUGAGCAAGAAACGAAGCCGGACGGAGACCUAGCCGAUGUUUGGGAAACGCCCAUAAAUCCCGCGGAACGCAAAGUAAACGUUCAUAAUUAUUGAGAAAUUGUUGUUUAUCUUUUGUGGAACUAUUUUUCGUAUAGUGUUUUUCAGACUCGUGUGUUUUAUUCCUGUGAACUAAAGGCAAUGUAAUAGCGCAUAUUUGUAAGUUCUUUUCGCAUAGGGUUGCUGCACAUGAUCGCUUCAUACUGACGGGACACCGCAGUUAUGUACGGUUCUUAGCUGCUGGGAUGUUUAUUAAACAAUUCAGUGAAAAAGAAAAUUAACUUUUUUUGUUUUAAAUAGGUCCAGUGCAGCAUUUGCGAUUAUCUGAAAAUAUAUUGACCAUUUUUUGACAGAAAACCGCUGGAAUAAAUGAUCCUUACACUUGAAAGAAAACAAAAUAUUGUCUGCUGAAAACUCCCUUUUCCAGCUGCAGUUAAUAUCAACGUAGUCGACAUACCAGCGUGUGUCUCUGGUAACGUCUUGGGAACUGACUAAACAUCUGUAGAUAGUGAACACACGCCUAUAUCGCUUUCGUGUUUGAACAAAAACUCAUAUAGGCAUACGGCAUAUUUUUCAUUUUGUAUAUUCCUGCAUACAGAAAAAGACAAAAACAUUUUGACCGAUCUUCAGAAGCACCAAUCCCAUCCUAGUGAGGAGCGUUGAAAAAAUAUGAACAAUAUUUUAAGAACAAUUGUAAAAAGGUGUUUUUAUUUCACUUUUCUUCAAAUUUUAACCCACUAUUCUGUUAUACACUGAUACCUUCUCUGCACUUCUUGUGAAUAACUAUGUAGACUGCAGAUACUGAUACACCGUUUGGUCAGGUUAUUCCGUGAAUAUUGUUACUGCACUGUAAGCCAUGUAGGCUUGAGUUCGUUAUUUUUGUAUUUUUGUACACGUCAGGUGUCAGCUAAAACAGUAUAUGUUUGUCUUAAUUAAAGAACACAAAGCCCUAUGGGUAUUCCAUAUCUUUAAAUGAGUGGUUGAAGUUAAGAUGUGUUUUAAAUUUCAAGAGUGUAAAUGUCAUGUAGUAUAUCUGAAUCAUCUUCCGUCCAAUUUGUGAUUAAUGUUCUUAUCUGGAGUUGGAGGUAUUUCUUUUUAAAUUUGGAUGCAAAAAAUAUAUUACCCUUGCUUCCAAUACGUGUCUUAUAUAAAAAUCAUAUCGGUGCCUAAAGUCGUUAUAUAUAUUAUGACAUUCUAUUAAGCCCGUAUGUAUUUUAAAUUUUUUUAUUUAUUUAUUUAUUUAGUUUUUGUUUGUUUACAGUUUUACAUUGUUUUAACGUAAAGUUAAACGGACAUUGUUUUAACAUCCAAUAACGGGACGGGUACUACGAGACGGGAACAUACCCCCCCCCAAAAAAAAUUCCAAAAACAACUGAAAUUUGUUUGUAUAGGCUUCAGUAGCUCAAUCCAUUACUCUAUUUAUGAUAAUAAAAGGUAUGAAAAUAAAAUCUCGUCCCUGCUGAUGAAACAAAUACUAAUAUCGUGCAAUUGAUAUUAACAUAACAGGGUAUUUUACCAAGAUGAGGAUAGUAAUGCGGAAAUGAAAAUAUGGAAAAUAUGUACAUGGUAUAAAAGCUUGAAUUUUAACAUUUGAUAUUUGUUUAGUGUUGUAAAUAUCAAUGAAAGUAAUUUGAGAACAUUUAAUGAUUAUAUAUUUUUCGUCACAAGCACUAUUACAACUUGUGUCUGAUUGGUGAGUAAUUUUGUAAGGGAAUUGUCCAAAACUGUUUGUAUCGUUGGUUCUUUUGAAACAAAAAAGUUCGAAGCAUUUUUAUCCUGAAUCAGUAUAGUGAGAUAUACUGAAAUCUGCACCAGAUGAAAUUCGUUAUUAUUGGCGCAAUGUGAAAUGUUGUUUUUCUCUUCUUUUUAGAUAGUCUAAGCGGUAUUGAAACGAACUUGUCUCCUUCGUUGGGCAACGUCAUUGAGCUUUAUGUAAGACUGUUGACUUGAUUUCUAACAAGUUUGAAAAAAAUGGAACACAAUUUACUAGGUAGGCUUAUUACGGAUUGAAUUCAUAAAAUGACUAAGGAGAACUCAGGAGAAGCAAAUUGUGAAGUUUUGUGUAUGUUUGUAAUAAAAAAUAGAUAUUUUGAAUAA